UAACUUGUCUCUGUGUCAUCCGGGAGGAGGAAGUCCUUACCCGCCCAGACAGAUUGAAACUUCAUAAAAACCUGGAUUAAGAUCAAAACCCGCCAUGGCCUCGAAUAAAGCACACCUUACGACAGGUAAGUUUUAACUUUAUCCCUCUUUAAAACUCCGAUAAGCUUACUAAAAAGCCAAACAAAUGGACAGUUUGCGUGUCUAUUUCGACGACUGCGAAGUUAGCACAUACUGUUUCCAGGCUAAACAUUACCGACUAAACCGGAGUUUGACACGUUUCACUGCUAUUAUGUGGAAACAAGGAAGCUGAGUGAUUUCCUAAGAACUUCUGGGAACUUCUUUAACCGUUAAAUUUAGUGUGUGUGUUAAUAUAUCCAUAAAGUUAUACACUGUAACCGCGUAAGUUAGUAUAAUCAUUGGCAAUGCGGGCCAGCCAUAAGGUACAAAGUUAUGUUAAGGUGCAUAUCGUGUCCAUUUCAGGUAGUUUAAAGACUUUAUUUUGCGGUGAUACUUAAAUUAGACCAUUGUAAUACGUUUUACUUGAGCCUCAUUUUUAUAUAAGUUAGAAAACCUUACAAAGACUUUUGAUAAUAGUUGUUAGUUUAUGAAAUCGACGCCUAAUUUAACAGAUAUAACAGUAGCAUUUGACAUUUAACAUGUUUUCUACAGCUGAAAUAUCCAAUAAACUACAUUUAAUUCUGAAGGGGGAUCAUGAGUCGGUAAUGAUCACUCUUCAGUCAGUACCUACAAUGGACUGCACUGUGUACUGUAUACUUAAUAACAGUGGUUUGAGGUGCCCUUGGAGAGAGAAACAAAGGCAAAAUAAAAACAUUGCAAAUGACAGUAUUAUGAAGCAGUCCCCUCUCAUAAACUAGAAUAUGACCUGGAUAACUUAGGCUGCUGACAAAAUGGUGAGAAGAUUAUAUUGUGAGUCCAGCUGUUGGUUUAUCUGUUGAGGAAAUCAAACUGUGUGUUUUUGAUGUAAAGGGAUGGCUGUAAAACUUGUGUUUAUUUUAUUUAUUUAUUUGGAUCCCCAUUAGCCACUACCUAGGUAGCAGCGACUCUUCCUGGGGUCCACAAGAAGACAUUAAACAAGGGCCCGACCGAUUUAUUGGUGAGCUGAUUAAAUCGGCCAAUUUUAGAACGUUUGAGACUGGUUAGUAAUCGGCCCAAACUCGCCGAUUUUCACCGAUAUUUUCAGAAAUAAAAUGCGGAGAAUUAGAUUCGGUUUCACUUCGAAUAUUAUCCGCCAUUUGAAAAGUUGCCCAAAUUAUCCUGUAGAUGGCGCAGCGACCUCAUGACAAUCUUCAUCCAUUAAUUACCCCACAGCACAGCAGAGUGACGGAUCUGAAGCAGUAGUUGAAAACACUUUUCUGGUCCGAGUUUGAUCAGUCGGUCUUCCUGUCGGCGUGAAGAGCAGUAGCCUACAGUAUAUCUACAGUAUACAUAUUUUUACAACUUCAUGAAAAUUAAAAAAAAAUCGGCUGAUUAAUCGGUAAUCAGAUUUUUUCCCUGUAAUAAUCGAUAUCAGCAUUGGCCCCAAAAAAAUCCAUAUCGGUCGGGCCCUACUUUAAACAUUAAACAAGUCCAAACAGGAGAAUUAUACUAUUUGUUAAAAUCAUAACUAAAACAAGAAUUAUGAUGACAUUACAUUUCCAAUUACAACAGACACCAAUAAAGGCCAAGAUAAAUGUACUAGUAAUCAAAAUCCCAUUGGCAUGUAUUGUAUGUUGUCACAGCCUAGUCUAGGUGUUCUGUUUCUUAUUUCAGUGAGUCUGGGUUAUUAGAUAUUGGUAUACCUUCUUUUUAAACACAUGUUUACUGGUUAACCUUGUAAUGACAGAAGGAAGAUUCCAUUUUUUCAUACCUCUGAACAUAACAGUACGCUGUCCAGAGUUAGAAUGGGCGAGUGGAAGUGUGAAAUAACCAUUUAAUGCAUGUCUUGUGUUGAAAUUAUGGCAACUGAACAGCAAUUGAUUAAACAAAACAUUUGGCCUUUUAUACACUAAAAUAUGUCUGAAGAAGGAAAGCAGAGACAAAGUAAUCCUCGCUUUACUCCAUGUCAGCAGCUGAAGGCGCCACUGGACCAGACGAGGAGGCCAGAAAGAAAGCAGCAGUUGCAGCAGCUAAGGCAGCUAUCCGUUUGCCUGAAAUCCGUCUGGUGAUGCUCGGCUGGAGGUGGCCGGGGAAGAGCCUGACAGGGAACACCAUCAUUGGUCGUGAGGAGUUUCGUUUGGAGCGAGCUGCCGAGUUCUGUGUUAAAAGACAGACUGAGGUGCAGGAGCGGCAGGUGAGUGUAGUGGACACUCCAGGUUGGUUCUCUGCCCAGGAUACACCAGAUUCCUACAAACAAGAGAUAGUGAGGGGAGCGUCUCUCUGCCCUCCAGGUCCACAUGCCUUCUUACUGGUUAUUCCAGUAGGUAUGUUCACAGAGGUGGACCGUGCUCGAAUCGAGGAGCACUUGAGCCUCUUUGGUGAGCAAGUGUGGAAGCAUACGAUUGUGGUUUUCAGUUGGGCUGAGGUGUUGAGGACCAUUUCCAUUGAGAGGUACAUUCGCAGGGAGGGCAAGGAGCUGCAGUGGGUGCUGGAGAAGUGCAAGCGAAGGUACUUUGUCAUCAACAACUGCAUAUUUGGGGAGCACCCCCAGGUGGGGCGCUUGCUGGAGAAAGUGGAAAAGAUGGUGGCGGAGGAAGGAGGCUACUACAACCCAGAGGAGGCGGAGAAAGAGAAGAAACCUCUGGAUGAGAACCAGAAUUCAGCCAGGGAGGGGAGGGAGCUGGGGGCACGGCCCAAACAGAAUUCUGGACUGGGGUUGUCGAAAGCAAUGGAGGUGGACUCUCUUUCCAGUGAGUAUUUGUCUCAGCUCUCAAGGGAGUUAAAGAUAAGUGUAUAACUUUAAUGCUGAAUUUUAUGCUGACACUCUGAUGCUGCAUUUACUUGUAAUGCCCUCAAACGCAUUUAAUCCACAGUAAGUAUAAAAACAGAGAUAAUUAGCCCAGCAUAGACUAGAUUUUUACAAUUUUAACAAUCAAGAUAUCAAAGUAAUAUAUAGGGAUGGUAUUCUUAAUUCAUGGCAUGGCAAGAACUUACAUGUCUCAAUGUUUUUGUUGACCUGUGACGAUACAAAAUGGCAGAUAUUCUAGCAAAAAAAGUGUAGUUUGGUUUAAUCACAGUGGAGCAUAUAGGGGAGAUAAGUGAGAACAACAGAGACUAUAUCACCUAUCAUCCUUUGCGCUCUGCUGACCGCCUCAUAUCAAAUGGCGUUAAUGGCAGACAAAGGCAUUGUCAAAGAAUGAGAAAGGAUGAAAGCUUGCCAGUUAAAAAACAAUAUCCAGACACUGCCAGACUGCGGUGACCUACAUAUCAAGGAAUACAUGCAACAUGAGAGGCCACUUGGCGAAUCGACAACCUUAAAAGAUUUAAGCCUCUUACCUAUGAGAUAGAUAGGGAGCAGCACAGGAGAAAAAGAGAACAAUGUUAUACUGUGAUUAUGACUUUUUUACAAGAUCCAUCAGGUGAAAUUCUUAUGUUUUAUAACACUAAGUCCACUAAUAUAUUAAUGAUACUAUGUUUGCUUCUAGAUUAACAAGACACCCAGGCCGACGGACUGUCUUCCUGUCAACUAAAGGAACCUCUGUGCUGACAGCAGUGCAUGUAAUCUGACUAGAAAAAUAAGGGUAAUUAGUAAAAUGUGCUGAAUGUAAAAAGCAGUGUGCUUGAUUUUAUUUAUUUUUUAAAUCAGACAUGUUUCUGAGUGUUUUCAUCGUGUGCCUUCUUUAUGUUGCUGUUUCUUUUCACUGUGAUGAUAUUUGAGGCCUCUUUUUUUCAUGCUGACCCAAAAUAGCCUUUUGUAAAAAACAAAUAUCUAUUUUUUGUAGGUUUCUGAUAGAUGGUCGUUUGAUGGAACAGAUUUACUGUAACUGUAUUGAGACUGUUACACAGGUAGAACUUGUUUUUUAGCCUGGUGAGUCAACUCCCUGGUCAAGGGCUGCAUGGUGGAUGACAAUGAUGGAGAUGCACUAUUAAAUUGUAAUUAUGAUGUUCUGUCAGUGACUGUCAAGGGAAUCACUAUUUUAAUGAUUCUCACUUGUUGUGACCAAACUGUAAAUGCUGUUUUCACGAUGUAAUGCUUAUCACACUUAAAGUGUACAAUCAUAAAGCACUGAAAAAAAAAUGAUUUUGUGUCUGUGAGUGUCAGCUUUUAAAGGUGCAGUCUGUAGUACUGGGCAGAACCGAUAAAAAGACAAAAGUGAAAAGCAGAAGAGAGUGGA